AUAUGGCUGGGUUUGGUCUCGUCAUUCUUCAGAUUUCUCCUGAGUUCCUCUUAACAUUUUUUCCAUCCGUUCUCGGCUCACGAUUACAACGGCCAAGCUAUGUAUGCCCCAGUGCAUGGAAUGGGCCCCCCCCAAACGCAGCCCCUGUUAUAUGGGAUGCAGACCCCACCGAACCCAAUGCCUGGAUUUGACGGAAUUGGCGGUGGGUUUCUUCCUCCUCCACCUAUCCAACCAAUGCCAACUCCUGAUUCACAGCCAGCACAGGACUGGAGUAUUCCUGCUCUUACCAAGGAAGAGGCCCAAGAGGCUUUUAACAACUUUGCAAACAGCAAUUGCUGUUAUUCGUCUGGUCCAGCUACAGAUGGUGUGAUCACCAAUAUGGAACAGUUCAACACCUACCGAUAUCGCCUAGAGACUUACACGGAAUCCAGAAAAACGGAGUGGGCGACCAAGCCUUAUGAGGGUCAGCCAUUGACCACCAAUGCACAGAUUGCUCCUAAUCCAUGGGAAGUCCCGGUUCAAGUGCCAGCCAUGUUUACAAACUCCACUGAGGAUGUCGAAGUGCCCUGCACAGCAUCAGUCAAGCCAUGUGACCAAUGCUCUGCCUCAGGAAAAUGUCAGUGUACCAAGUGUAGUGGAUCCAAAACUAGACAAUGCAGAACGUGCAGAGGCUCUGGGAAAGUUGCUGAAGAACAAGUCUGUGAAACAUGCAAUGGCACAGGCAAAGUGAAGUGCCCUGAUUGUUCAGGUCAGGGAACAACUGUAUGCGAUACCUGCAAAGGGAAACAGAAGUUAUUAACGUAUAUCAAGCUUAUAGUGGAAUGGAAAAACAACGUUGAUGAUUAUAUUGUGGAACAGUCAAGUGGUCUGCCAAAAGAUAAACUGGAUGCAAUUACUGGGAAGAAGCUCAUCAAAGAUACCAAGUUCAUGGUGUAUCCUUUGAUUGGAUUCCCAGAACAUAAUGUGGCUCAAGCAUCUGAAAGGAUGGUCAUGGAACAUCACAGCAAAUUUUCCAAGGCAUCACGCAUCAUACAGCAGCAACAAAGUGUUGAGCUGAUUCCCAUCACUAAGGUGACAUACAAGUGGAAUGAAAAUCAUUAUAUUUACUUUGUUUAUGGUAUUGAAUUAAAGGUCAAGGCAGUUGACUAUCCAGCUACGUGUUGUUGCACUAUAAUCUAGCAACCCAGAGGAAGCAUAAACUCCCUACAUGAGUGGCAUUUAAAAUGUAAACAUUUAUAAACAUUUAAAACUUUAAACAUUUCUAGCAAAUAUAGGUGUUUUGACAUGUUUUGGGUCUGAGUUUGAUUUUUAGGUUUUGCACUGGAGCUACAAGUGUAAAUCUUUCCUUAACUCUCUACCUCAAACUACAUAAGGUUCUUCAUAAUAGCUAUGUUUCCAUCCAUGCAUUUUUAUGUGAAUUUUGGGAUAUCCUUGUCCCCGGUUCAAUCCUGAUCUCAGGAUACUAUCAGUGUAGAGUUUUGCAUGUUUUCUCCAUGUCUGCUUGGGUUUACUCUGGGUUCUCCCAUGUCCACCUACCUCCCAAAAACACACCAUUGGAUAUUCUGGAUAGCUUUUUGGUGUGAAUGAGUGUGUGAGUAUGUGUGCAUGCUUCCCUGCAAUGGACUGGCAUAUCAUUUAGCGUUCAUAUUCACUCCUGCUUCACAUGUUGUUCAUGGGAUGAGCUUUGGAUCCACUGUGACCCAUGACCAGGAUAAAGUGAUUACUGAAAAGAAAUGAAUGAAUGUUAAUGAAACAAUUAUAUGAUGAUUUUGCCAUGUAUUUAUGAAUAUUAUGGAUGAAACAGAUUUCUAUUAGCUCCAGCACAGUCCUAAACUGUAACAUUUUGAAAGCAGACAUGUCUUGGCUGAUCAAGAAGAAAAGAACGUAUAUUUCAUGAUUUCUGCUAACACUGUUACAUAAUCUACAAUUAUGCCUGUUUCUGAUCUAUUGCUAUGCUGUAUUUUUUAAAUGAGCUAAAAUGAGCUUUUACAGUAAGUACUUGGGACUAACCCUAAUCCUGCUUCUGUUAAUUACGUGUUUUUAAUGUUAAGCUUAACUUGUAUGUGCUGCAUGACAGUAUCAUAUGUAUCUAACCACUGACUCUGUAUACUUGAUUUACUUAUAAACCUGUGGAAACAUAAUCAAGUGAGUGCUUAUCACACAUUGAAAAGGAAUACUGCCAAUAAAUAUGACAUGUCAAUGAUGUAA